UUGAAAACAUAAACAAGACGAAACGCGUUUUUUAUGCAAUUAUUUAUUAAAAAUGUCGUUGACAAAGGUCUACGAUGCGGCAACUGUAUUUAAGCACUUAAAUGGCAUUAUAAAUGUGUAUAAGCCAGCUGGCAUGAAAGUGAAACAUGUUCGAAAUGCCAUAUUGGGCAACAUUUGCAAAGGACUCAAUGAGCUGGAGCAGCGAGAGCCGCGUAAGUUAACCAAGGACAGACUGCUGCUGGGCACUGGCACUGCCGCGGACACCGUGCUGCAUAAGAUUGCCUCCGAUGCUGAUCUAUCGGAUCACAUCCUGGCCGCUGGUCCACGUUAUAUGCCGGCUGAUAUUAAAUGUGCAGCUGUUGCCACACUAGGUGAUCACACAAGCGGCGUUUUGUUAUUUGGCUUAAACGGGGGACUGCAACAGUCCAGUCUCAUACAGCGCAAUCGGCCAGUGAGAGUCUAUCAUGUGACCGCUCGCAUGGGCACCGCCACCGAAAGCCACCUGCCCAAUUCACGCAUCACAGUCCGUGCUAACCAUAAGUAUGUGACGGCGGAGCGUAUCAGCGGCUUGGCCGCCUCCAUGCAGGCCUCGCAUCAGCGCAAGAUGUACGAGCUCUGUGGCGUUGAUCUGCAGACGCAGGCUGCCUACGAGCUGGCCUGCAAGGGCCUGUUGCGGCCAGCUGACAACAGCCAGACGGUCAUCUAUGGCAUCAAGCUGAUACACUUUGACCGGCCGCACUUCACCCUCGAACUGCACACCAUCAACGAGAGCGAGGAGUAUAUGGCAGCAUUGAUUCACGACAUGGCUAUCGAAUUGCGCACUGUAGCGCAUUGCUCGCAACUGCGUUGCAUACGUCAUGCCCACUUUGAUGUGAUGGAGAGUCUGUUGCGGCAUGGCUGGCAUCUGCCGGGCAUCGUGAAGAAUCUGCGACAGCAACGAGCGGUCCUCGAAGCGCAUCCGCAGCUGCUGGAGCAGCAGCGUGUGGAGCUGCAUGCUGCUUCGUAAUUAGCUUAUUAUAAAUACAAACUAGUUGUUAUUCAAUUUAAACA